GUCCGCCAUCUUUACAGGAAUAUUUGACAUCGGAUUAUUGGAAGUUGAGACCUUGUUGAUUCCAUUUUUUUCACUGGUUGCAGAGUAACUUUAAGGGUCAGUCAUGUCCGUUAGGCGUCAAUUAAAAAAUGUGGUUAACAACUACUCUAACGCCGAAGUAAAGGUCCGCGAAGCGACGUCAAACGAUCCUUGGGGCCCGUCAAGUUCUGUAAUGACUGAAAUUGCCGAUGCUACUUACAACGUUGUCGCCUUUUCGGAAAUUAUGGGGAUGCUAUGGAAAAGACUUAACGAUCACGGAAAAAAUUGGAGGCAUGUAUACAAGUCAUUGGUGGUUUUGGAUUAUAUCAUUAAGACCGGCUCUGAAAGGGUCGCACAGCAGUGCAGAGAAAACUUGUACGCCAUUCAAACUUUGAAGGAUUUUCAGUUUAUUGAUAAAGACGGUAAGGAUCAGGGAAUGAAUGUGCGAGAAAAAGCAAAACAACUUGUUGCGUUGUUAAAAGACGAAGAUAGAUUGAAGAGCGAAAGAGCGCGAGCUUUGAAGGCGAAGGAAAGAUUCGCUCAAGCCAGUUCGGGGAUUGGAAGUGAUUCAUUAAAAUCGGGUAACUUGCGAGACACAAGCAGCGCCUCUGACAUCCGUUUUGACAGUUCGUCAGUCCCAGUUACCUCUACAGCCCCUACAAGCCGUUCAUGGGAACCAGAAAGGAAAGUUGUAGGAAGUGAGAUGGAAACUUGCCGUCCAUCGAAUGCUAAUGAAGAGGAACUGCAGCUACAACUUGCCUUGGCACUCAGCAAACAAGAAGCUGAAGAGAAGGUGAAAAUGAAAGAAAGGGAAGAUCAACGCCUUCAGCUAGCAAUAAAUCAAAGCCAACAACAAUCAGGGCAUCCUCAAGAGCCUUCUUUGUUAGAUAUUGCCAGUGGAGCCAGUGCACCACCACCACCACCACCUCAAGAAACGUUUGACCCAUGGGGCUCUGCACCAGCCGCCGCAGCUCCUCCAGCGUCAAUGCCGAUGCCGCAGCCUGAUCCAUGGGGGAGUGGUGUCACUUCAAGUGCCAGUACUACUUCUGAUCCUUGGGGUUCUAGUCCACCACCUCCCCAAAUGCCUGUGAACACUUCCCAGAAUUUGUUUGCUGUAGCUAAUGGAACAGCCAGCAUGGGAGCUGUAACAAGCAGUGAUCCUUGGGGGGCAGCCCCUGUGCAAGCUGCCCCACCUGUAGCACCUGUUGCAAGUGACCCUUGGGGAGGAGGGGGUUCAUUCCCUGCACCAACAGCAUCACAGCCACAAAACCUCUGGGGACCAGCCCCUAGUCAAAGCUUUGAUGCAUUUAACCAGAAUAAUGCUGCGGGAGGAUUCCCAGGCCUACCCCCAGCUGGAGCAUUCAGCAUGCCAAGCAGUAAUCAAGGCCCUGAGCCAACAAAGCAGCCAUCAUUCCUGGAUAACAGUGUCUCUAAUCUGGUGAACUUAGAUUUGCUUACCGAGAAGCCUGAUACUGUCAAAAACCCAUUUUUACCUGGCCAACCUGUGGUUGCUAAGUCAACAAAUCCAUUUGUCCAAGAAAAACCCCAAGCUCCCACAUUGAACCAGCUUCGUGAGACACCAGGUGUUGCUAUUGGUACCGUCAGCAGUGUGCCCAAUAUGGGUGGAAAUGUGUUGUUGCCUACACCUCUUAUUCCAGAAUCUGGUCCAAGACCCCAACAAGUGCAGAGCAAUCCUUUCUUAUGAGGAACAAGGAAAAUCUCUCUGAAACAUGUAAGUUUCUUUUUUUGUAUACCAGAAAUGUUUGAGUUGUUUGUUUUGUAGCCUGAGUAGCAGACACUUAUGAUUUUAGGGAAAAGGGAGAAAUAUGGAGGAUGUGCAUGCACAAAGGCAGAAAAGAACCCUGGUUUCCCAUUUACAUCCACACAUGACAGCACUGCAUAAAAAAUGUUUGAAAGCAGUUAGCAACAUGACCCAAGGAGGAAAAUAACCUUGUGUAUUUUGUAUAUAUUUGCGUAAAGCAAACAAUGCAAUUUUAAAUUAGUAGUGAGGUUUUUGUCAACAAAACAUGCUCCCAUAUUCAUGUCAAACAAUGAUGGUGAUUUCAAUUAAUUCAUAAUUUUGUCCACUGCUGCUUCAGUUACCUUUGCUGUGUGAUCGCAACUUAUGCUUUGUGACAGGGAAAUAUUGACAAUGCUUCAAUGUACAGUCAGUUAAAGUCUUUGCACCCCAGUCAGCAGAACAAAUAACUGGAAAAUUAAACUUCUCUGAACCUGGUUUGUAUUACUGCCAUGAGAUCUUUACCAAGAAAAAAACAGUGCAAGGGAAAUUAAAAACCUCUUGCAGGCACAAUUCAAACAGUUCUUUUGCUAUGCAGACACAUUUUCAAAAAGUGAUGAUAAUUAUUGUCAUCAGUGUUGGGAAUUAAAUAGAUGUGCUGCAUGUAUGUUUUUUUUCAAGACUCAAAUUUCCAUUGACUGACAAAUUAAUAAUGCAUUGAAGUGACAGAAUAACUCUCUAGGGCCUUCACUUCAGACGCCUGCUCUCCCUAAUGUUUCCUUGCACGCUUGAUAAAAAACUUACCAAAAGAAACCAUUCAGAACCUGCCACUUGGGUUAUUUAUUUGUUUGUUGUUUUUUAUUCUUAUGUGUCCGAUUGAUCUUGAAUUUACCCUGUGUUUUGUUGGAUAAAAAUUGUGUUAGCUGAAUUCUAAAUCAUAAGAUUUCAAAAUAAAACUGGCUUGAGAAUUUUAAAGUGAAGUGAAAUUUAAUGGCAAUUCUGUCUUACCCCUUAAAGUCCCAAAAGUGACCAACUUUAACAAUAUCAAUACAAAAUCAAGAGAAAAGGUUAUGACAAGUGCUUAAGUGAUCACCUAAAAGUGACUUAUUUUCUUUAUCAGAUUCUCUCAACGAAUUCCGAAGGGAGAUAAUAUGUGGAGAUACAUGGAAGUCUGGAGAAUUUGUAUGUAGAUAUUGGGGUUUUAAGGGACAAAGAGUGACCCUUUUGGUAGUUUGGAAGCUGGAGCUUGUCAUGAAGGACUUUAAAAUGAUGUUGUUUUUAAUAUUAAAUUAAUGUUCUUAAUAAAGUAAUAUUAUUAUUAUAACAGAUUUGCCAAAAGUCAGCAACAGAACCUAAAAAUACAAAUGCCUCGGUGCCAUCUUUGUUAAUGAAGUUUUGUUCUUUUUUUACAGCAGAAGCUGUUCAAGGUGGUAAGGAAAUUGGGUAGCAAUGAUGGUGAUGCACAAUGUAAAUAGACUUCAAAUUUAUUAACAAACUCCAAUGACUUGUAAGAUAAGGUAGUCUCAGUCCAAACUGGUGAACUUCAAUAGUAUGAUAACCUGGCAUUUGUUAGGAGAAUUAAACGAUUUAUGAGAGAUCACUUGAGGCUAAUUCCAGGCACUCCUUUAAUAUGGGUAGGUAAUCAUACAAUUUUUAGUUCAAUGUGGAAUUUAUUUGCGCAAGGGUGUUUUCAAACAGUAUGAAAAUUGCUUGAUUCCAUAGAGCCAAUUCAAUUUGAACUUUUUGAGAAACACACAAGUGUAAGUAAAUUCCAAAUUGAACAUUGAAGAAAAGCUUUAUAAUUACCAUUUAAUAAUAUACAUGAAAAAACUUUUGUGAUCAAAAUUCAUCCCCAAAAUAGUCUAACCCUAUAAUCGACACAAAAUUAACCCAGUCUCACAUGUCACCACAACUUGGCACUCAAGAUUUUGGCACCUGAUAGGCAGGGCUGUCACUAAGAUUUCAAGUUGCCAGAUAAAUACAACAAGAACACUCUUAAAAAAAGCAUUAAGUCUCGCUUGUUUGGAGAGUAGAUAAGAAAUGAGGAGGGAAUUAGUUCUACAUGAAACAGGACUUUCUUGACAGUCAAGUAUUCUUCAGAAUAUUUCCCUUUUAUAUCAUUUUUGACGAUAAUUGAGUAUGUGUGUAUAAAAUCAAGUCAAGAGAAAUUACAUCAUUGCCAGAGACCAAAAAUGUGAUGAUUAUGAUGCGUCAUUUCAAUCAUCACCAAAAUAAACCACGUGCUCAUCACAAGACUCAUUUGCAUAGAAUAAACAUUUGCGACACCCGAUCAGUUUAUAGCCUCACAAUUGAAGUUUUCACUGAAGUAUUCACUUGUUCCCAAGUGUAAAAUAAUGCUUUCAAGCGAUAGAAUUCAUGGACUGACCCUUUCCACAUUCUUUGGCAUCAAUCUUUCCUAAGCUUUCUUUACAAAAUAAAGCAUGGCUCUGGGACACGUUGCGACUCUUAUUCCCAGUUUCCACAGUUUCCACAGUCUCCACUAGAAACCCCUCGGACCACAACCCCCCCCCCCCCCCCCCCCCCCCCCCCCCCCCAAACUAAGUAGUCCACUUGUUCACAUGUUAAAAUUAUGCUUUAAAACGACAAAAAUUCAGGUCAAACCCCUUCCCCCUUUCUUUUCAACAUCGCUUUCCUAGCUUUUUUUAAAAAAAAAAACAAGGGCCUGGGGAGCGGUGGCCACUUUUUUCCCCGGUUCCCCCGGUUCCCCACUUCCCCCCUAAAACCCCCCCGGCCCCCACCCCCCCCCCCCCCCCCUUUUGGCAGGCACACAUGAAAAAAAAAGAAACACUUGCAUUUUUAGAGUCUCGCUGCUAAUGGAGUGAGACUAACAAGUAGGCGGGGACUCUAUUAAGCAGCUAGGGUUUCUUUGUGGUUCUUUUUCUCUUCUACUUUCUUACAGAAGAAGCCGGGGGUUAUAUUCAUGGAAGCCAGAGGAAAUCCCCGGACCCUCAGACCUUAAUGACUGCCCUGGAUAAGUCCUUAUAUAUCUCCAUUGUUUAUUAGCCAAUCACAGUGCUCCACUCUUUGAAAUAUGUGCAUUUUAUUUCCUCACUUUUACCCUGUGUUUAACAAAAACUACAUUACUCUCAGCCAACAAGAUUCAAGAAAUUUUUUCAUGUAUAUUCUUAUAAUUAUUGGUGAUUAAUAAAGCUGGAGUCGUAUCUUUUCAGAUGUGAAAGAAACUGUUGUCAAAUGAUUAUAUACUGUACUGUAAUGAAUUAAUUAUUAUUGAUUUAUUUCAAAAAAUAUCUGUUGAUUAACAGGUUUUUGAAGUAGGAUUGGGCCUUGUGAAUGUAGUUGUGAAUCAUCUACCAUGGUUUUUCCAAUAUGUACUCUGUUAGGUCCAGUAUAAGGGGCGAGGUCAUGAUUCCAUUUCACCAUUUAGCGGUGUGUCAGAGUUUUGAUAAAAUUAUAUCAAAAUAUCUUGAGUUCCUGAAUAGACCAUUUCAAGGUUUUUUCAAUUUUUGACUUUGGCCAGUCAGCUUUUCCAUCAACACCACCUCAAAGAGUGCCUUGAAAUCAGUAAAGUUGCAAAGAUGAGCAGUUUAAAAACUUACAAAGAUAUGGCUCUGCAAAGUUGCAGAACUUUUAGGAGAUGGUAUGGUUGGGAUGACAUUUUUUGCUUCCCCAACACUCCAAUAUCUAUAAAAAAAAAAUUAAUGACUUUACAGAGAUAUUAUAAUCUAUAUUCCCUCACAUUAAGGCGCUCUAUUUGGUAGUGUUGAUAAAGUUUCACUAAUUGGUCCAUGUCGUAAAUUGAAAAAAGCAUUAAAGGGUUUCCCUUUUUAAGAACUUAACAGACACGCACAGAGCAUAGAUGAGCAAAAUGGAAGAAGAUUUAAAAAUGAAUUGCGUUAAGUUAUACUUAGAAAACCUUGAACUGGCUUUUGUAUCUUAAUUGUAAGAAAAUAUAAUAUUAUUAUGUGAAAAUCACCUUCAUUUAGGUCUGUAGCUUCUAGUUUGACAACAAAUGACUGUUGUUUCUCCAGGUUAACCCUUUAAACCCCAAUAGCCACAUACAAAUUCUCCAAACUGGUCUCUAUACAUUUCCUUAAAGAAAGUGUUGAGAGAAUUUGAUAAAAGAUCAAAGCAUUUUCUCUUAGGUGAUCAAUUUAUUAAUUCUUAUAACCUAAUCACUGGCAGAUCCAUGGAUAUGGUUAGGAGAAAAUUUAUGUUGGUCACCAUUGGGACUGAAAGGGUUAAAUUGUGGUGGUUUCAUAAUGUAGCUACAUGUAAACAAAUCCCUGCCAAACAGUACAAGCUAGGCCCUUAAUAGAAGGACUCAAUUUACAGUGCAAUGUGCCUUACUGUUGCCACUCAACAAAAAGUUAGUCAUUAAGUGAUUACCAACUUUUCAGAUGGGCUUGCAUUCUUGAUAAGCUACUAAAAAAGGAUAUUGAGAUAGAAUAUGAUUUUGUCAAUUAUUUAUCCACAUUUUCAUCAUUAAUAUGUGUACAAGUAUCAAAGUGUCUUGAUAAUUUGUCUAUUUGUCACAAUUUGUAAUUUAGUCAUCCAAUGAAUUUGCCUGAUGCUCUUUGCCAUUCCUCAGUGCCAAUUUUUAGUUAGUCUUUAAUACACCAUUCAAGGUAUUAAUUACUUCGUCAUGAAAACAAAUAAGGGAAGGAACCAUCAUUGGCAGUCUGGUUAGAAUAAGGAUAAAAUUUGGUCAACGGAAACACAAAUUUAAAUAAAUUUGAAAGCAACCUUGGGACCUUUAAAGCCAUCCAUAAAUUGGUUUGUUACUUUUCAGUCCAGUAAAGAAUUGUGAAUCAAAACUCAUUAGAGGAAGGCAAAGUUGCAGAUAAACAAACUAGUGCAUUAGGUUUGUCUGACUAAUAAAACGUCAUUAACCUGAAAAGGCAUUUUGUUGUUUGGCCACAGUAUAGACAUAGGGAACUUUUAAUAGGACACUGGGUGAAAAAUAACGCUCAUAUUAAUUUAAGUAUAAGUUAGACAAUGCUGUGCUCUUGCAAUGCCUUGUUACCUGUGCAACUCAAUUUGGCCUUUUGGCAAGGAGGAGAUGUUAGUUUUCCCUUAACCUAUUCAGAGAUUAGGGGCUCCUACUGUUUUUCUUAUAUUCCAGCCUUGAUGCAAGUAUUUUGACAUCACCAUCUUAUUGCUUGUGUCAUUAAUUUACAUUCAGUUAGCUGGGAGUUGAAUCUAGCCUGCACCACAGACCAAACUAAACCUUUGGUUGCAGUGUAAGUCUGUCUGCAAGCCAGCAUCAACAUCCCCUUUCUGGGAGACCACCUGUGUAACCGAAUAUCAGAUAACCUUGCAUUGUGUUUGUUGUUGAUAAACUUGCAUAGAGGCAAGUACACCAUUAUCUGUAAUAGAUAGCACAUGGCUAUGGUCUUUCAUUAGAGGUAUAAACUGUACUUAGAAAUUCCCAGGGGAAACAAAUAUGGUUUGACUUUGCAAGGGUUUGGUUUAGUAGGAAAAUAGUGGCUGAAAGUGAAAUAGAUCAUUAAAGUUUGAGUGGAGGGGUUUUACUGCACUUGCAAGAUCAGGCAAGCUGAAAAUGCCUUUAGGCUGGCUCUUUUCCCAUGAUUUUAACUGACAUGUAUUUUUUUCAUCAAACGUUCUGUAUACCAGUCAUUUUCUCUUGUAAAAAUGGCAAUAGAUUACAGAAAAAGAUUUUUGUCAGUUUUGGCAGCUUUGAAGUGGGGUUAUUUGCAAGUAAAGUGGUCAAUAGUAAUUGUAUUAAGCGAGUUCAAUUAUUUGUCUGCCUUUUAAGAAGCUGUGCGGUUAUUCAAGUACCAAUUUGCUUUAAUUUCGAAUUACAGUGCCUUUUAUAAGCGGGAGAGUCAUGUCCAGGGUGACGUCAACCAAUUUGCAACAAUAUCUUACAAAUAGUCACAUUUUUAACGAAAUAAUAUUCCGUAGUGUCUUUUUUCCCAAUAAAAGCUGAAG